AAAUCUAUCUUCUAAAUUUCUAAUCUCCUCCACCCGACUGCCACCGCAUCACCACCACCACCACCACCACUCUUCUUUCCCUCACCGGAAUCCGCCAACAAACCACCUUCAUCAAAAAUUAAAACCCACAAAAAAAUCACAAAUGACCACAAACAUAAUUUCUUAUAUAUCUCCUCCACCACCAAAACUCUUACAAAAAAUAUCUCCGCCGCCAAAUUCUGUAUCUGUAUCUUCUUCUCCGUCUUCAUGUUCACUUUUCAGUUCUUGUUCACUGUCCGUUAAGCAAAAAAAACCAGCUUCAUCGUCAAGGGAAGUUAAGAGAAUUAACAAUGGCGCUCUGUUCACAUUGGUUUGUUCGUCAACGUCACCGUUAAUAGGUAGAGUUGGGUGGCAAGGAAGAGAGGGAAAUGCUUCUCUUUUAUAUUUUGGGAUUAAUAGUAAUUAUAAUAAUUCUGUUAAUGACGGUGUUAACGUGGCGGUGACUAAGACAAAGAAUGACGAGGAUAAUUCUUCUUCUCAAGUACUUUCAGCUUUGCUUCCGUUUGUUGUUGCUCUUACUGCUGUUGCUGCUCUCUCUCAACCCUCCACUUUUACUUGGGUAUCUAAGGAAAUGUAUGCUCCAGCUCUUGGUGGGAUCAUGUUGUCAAUUGGAAUUAAACUUUCCAUUGAUGAUUUUGCUCUUGCACUUAAGAGACCUAUACCGCUCUCUGUUGGUUAUCUGGCACAAUAUGGGAUCAAACCGAUCCUUGGGGUAUUAAUUGCAAAGGCAUGCGGGCUGUCUGAAAUGUUCUAUGCUGGUUUUGUGCUCACAUCCUGUGUUGCAGGCGCUCAAUUAUCAAGCUACGCUAGUUUCUUGGGCAAAGCGGAUGUUGCUAUGAGCAUUCUUCUUACUAGCACAACAACAAUUACAUCAGUGUUUGUCACACCUCUUUUAAGUGGCCUUCUUAUUGGCUCCGUCGUUCCUGUUGAUGCCGUUGCCAUGUCAAAGUCCAUAUUGCAGGUUGUUCUUGCUCCAGUCGCCCUUGGCCUCGCGCUCAAUACCUAUGCAAAACCGGUUGUAAAAAUAAUUCAGCCUUUGAUGCCAUUUGUUGCUAUGAUAUGUACCUCACUUUGUAUUGGUAGUCCCCUAGCAAUAAACAGGAGUCGGAUUCUUUCUGCAGAAGGUAUCAGAUUGAUUCUUCCUGUUUUGGCAUUUCAUACAGCGGCUUUCACUUUGGGAUAUUGGAUUUCUAGGAUUCCAUUUUUAAGGCUAGAUGAAGAAGUUAGCAGGACUAUUUCAUUAUGCACAGGAAUGCAAAGCUCGACCUUGGCAGGGCUUCUUGCAACCCAGUUCCUCGGGACUACUCAGGCUGUCCCACCAGCAUGCUCAGUAGUCGCCAUGGCUAUUAUGGGUCUUAGUCUCGCGUCAUUCUGGGGCAGUGGAUACCGAAUACGGGACUUGCCCUCCCUUCUCAUCCCACAAUUCGGUUCUACCGUUGAGGCUUAACGGAGCAACAUUGUGCUGAACAUUUUGAGGACUCUACGAGUCUUAGUUGAGCAAACAAAGAGGAUGUGUCUCGUUACACCACAAAAGCAUCACUAUUAGCAGUGAUGGUUGAACCGACAUAACGAUCAAUAGAAAAAUAGAAAGAUAUAUAGAUGGUGGGAACUGGGGAUGUGGUUGGUGUUGUAGAGUUAGAAGAGCUGUUUUCACCAGUUAUACAUUGUACUAGUUACUUCUGUAUAUAUGAAUUACAGGCUUAAAAAGUACAGAGUUCAGUGAAAUAUCAGAUAAAUGUGCUUGCUUAGCCUCAAAUUUUGCUCA